UCAGCACAUGGAAAGCUACAGAGCUUCGGCAAUUUUUACUUUACACUGGGCCUGUUGUUCUCCUAAAUAAUAUACCCAGUAUAAUGUACAGAAACUUUUUACUUCUAUCGGUAUCUAUGAGAAUUCUUCUGAGUCCUGCCUUAUGUUCUCCUGACAAUUGUGACUAUGCUGAGGAGAUUUUGAAACUCUUUGUAACAGAUUUUGCUGCAAUUUACGGCGCUGAAUUUGUCAGCUAUAACAUGCAUUCAUUGAUCCACCUAGCUCAAGAUGCACGAAAAUUCGGCCCGUUAGAUAGUGUUUCAGCUGUUCCCUUUGAGACAUUUUUAGGUAAACUGAAAAAACUUGUCCGUCGGCCUCAAAACCCUGUCCAACAACUCGUCAGGCGAAUCCAUGAGAAGCAGAAAGUGGCAAGCCAAAAGACCACAUCAGUUUUCAGCCCACUUAAACAGCUCCACUUUUCUGGACCAUUGAUUAAUUCAAUUGCAACAUGGGAACAAUACAGGCAUUACAAUGAUGGACAGACACUGAUCUCCUCCUCUCGUGGCGAUAACUGUUUUUCUGUAGGGGGAAGGAUUCUUAUUGUGCGGAACAUUUUGUCACAUUCUGGAACUGUUAAAGUCCUGUGUAAUUUCUUUGAAACUGCCAAAUCCUUUUUCACCUAUCCAAUGGACUCAUCAUGUCUUGGAAUUCUUUUUGUUUUUAAUUUAUCUGAAGACUUGCAGCUGUUACCUGUGGAGGAGUUAAAAACAAAAAUGGUGUUAUUGUCACUCAAGACUGGAUACGUGGCAUUGCCACUCCUGCACUAGUGUGCUAUUUAUUAUUAUUAUUUUUUAUUGUUUGUUUUAAUUUUUUUUUGUAUGUAUUUGUUUUUCUUUAAGCAUGUUACCUUUCGCGAUAGUUGAAUUUAUAAAUAGUGGAGGAUUGGCAGUUAUACCGACCAAGUGGUUUAUCGGGCCUGAGGAGGAUGAAUGCUACUGGCCACCAGCAAGGAUGAACAUGGCAAAGGCGGUCAUAGAGCAACAGGACCCUCACACUGACUGGGCGACAUACAAGUUGACUGUUAAGAGAAAAGUCGCAACGUAUGAAAUUGCCCGCACAAAAUUAGUCGAGUAUGAACAGAACACAGAUGUACAAACCGAAUCUGAUUCUACAGAGAAUAUGGGAAGGGGGAAGCGCAAAAAGAGACGAGUGAUUUUGUCCAGUGAGGAUGAGGAUGAUGACAAUUGGUCCGGCAGCCAAAUCAGGCCUACACCUCCAUCCACCCUCAGGUCUGUGCUGACACCUGCACCGCCUCCAUCCACCCUCAGUUCUUCACCAUCAUCUGCUAGGCCGACACUUCCACCACCUCUGGGUAACCUUAGAUGGCCUGAUGUUUCAACCCAUCACCACGUCACCAUGUCACCAGAAACCUCUCAAAGACAAAUCAGGGGCAACAUGUUUGUUCGCAUUUUAACACUGAUUGAGGAGAUGAAAGAGACACAAAAAAUCCAGGGGAGGAUGUUACAAACGCUUCUACAACAGCGUGGCAACAUCGGCACCACCUUCUCUUCUACCCCCGAGGGUUUCCCCCUAAAGACAGUUAGGGAUGUGGAAAUCAUGGAAGAAAAACUGGCAAACCCAAACUUCAUGUCCGAGUUGGUUGCAGCUGUGACUGACAUAGGUGGGGGGACUGUUGACGAGGCCACAAAAAGGAUGAUGACUUUUCUCCUAGACCAUGGCCUAUCCAGGCAGUAUAACUUUGUGGGCCGAAAUGGGAAGAGAGAGUUCAAGGCCUUAAAACUGUAUGAAGUAAUAUAUGGAGGCUUAAAGAAAAACGCCAUGACCAGCCAAAUCACCCGUAAAGAUGCCGAGAAGGCGGUCUCCAAGUGGCUCAUUGGUGCUAGGGACCGGGGGGGUAAUAGACAGGCCCGACAGGCAACCCCUCAACAAGGACUUCAGGCUUCAGGCUCGUUUGAGGUGGAAAGAAACUAAUUCUGUUUGUGACAGUGAGGGAACACUGUGCAAAAGCAUGUUGUCAUAAAUUUAAAAUAAAUAAAAUGUAAUUAAUUGUA